AUGCGACCAGAAAGUCUUAUCAUUCUUGAUGAUGUUGACGAUCUGCAGCAACUUGAGGCUUUGGCUGAUGAAAGUAACUGGUUUGGUCCUGGAAGCAGGAUUAUCGUAAUCACAGAAGAUCAAGAGCUUUUGGAGCAACAUGAUAUCGAUAUCACAUACCAUGUGGAUUUUCCAACUGACGAAGAAGCUAGUAAGAUCUUUUGUAGAUAUGCUUUUAGACGGAGCUUAGCACCAUAUGGUUUUGAAAGCUUGUCGAAAGAGUACAGAGCUUUGUGGCAACCUUCCUUUGGGCCUCCGUGUCAUGGGUUCACAUUUACGCGGAAAGAAAGAAGCUGGCUGGGAAAGUGUAUUGCAUAG